UUGAGUGAGAUUCAUCGUCCCUUGGCGUUUGAUGCACGUCAAAGGCAUCCUUCAUGUGCUGAUCUACCAUGUGCAGUAAACUCAACAGAGAGGAGCAUGCAGCGAGUCUGACCCGCCCGGUAGAUGCCGAAGAACUCGCUCGGAAACUUAGGUGAGUACUGUUCGAUACAUGCAGUCAUGGAGCGACGACUCAUCAUCAUCGUCUGAAGAGAGCGUACCCCGUCCGUAGCUUCGUGGACAAGUGAAGACGAGCGACGUCUCACUGAAAUCGCCCGAGUACAUCUCGAGAGCGAGAACUUUCCUUUACCCUCUUCCGACGAGCUCGAGCAUCCUUCAGAGCGAAUGAUCUUGAUGGAGAAGUAUUUCAAACGUCAUGGCCUGCAAAAUCGCGGGGGCACUUUCUUGCGGUAUCUGAGCUUUCAGUGGGAGCAGUUCCGAGCUUGGCAGCCCGGUAAUCGAUACAUCGUUGAUCAAUCCCGUCUAUCCCCAAGCCUCAGGCAGCCUUCGUGGACUCUGGACGCGCAUAUUGCAGAGUAUCAUCGUCUCAGGGAAAGCCAUGGUUAUAGCAAGAUUGACUUUCCCUUGUCGAAAGACAUCGCCGCGCAGAGCCGACUGACGACGUGGUGCGAAUUUCAGUGCAAACAUCUGUACACUCACUUCGGCCUUCAAGAUGAACUGGAAGACGAAGAGAAGGCCGUUGCCAUCGCGAGAGCUGGUACGAACCCAAAAUCUUGGCCGCCAGAAGCGUAUGAGGUAUUUCGAGAUGCCACAUUGCUGGCAAUCAAAGAGCACAAAGCUGUCCUGGACUGGAUAGAAGAGCAACGCCAGGUACUGGCUGGCGAACCGACAGUCGGCAAUGGCAACCCAUGGCGAGGCGCUGAGCCUCCAACGACAAAGAAUCGAGGCCGCGCAUCUGCGACGGCAAAUGCCCCCUCGCCGACCGCUCGAAAUGCAGAGGCAUUUACGACAAUGAUGAAAUCCAUGGGACUCAUCCGAUCGGUGAGCAGAUCGCUAACACCAGAAAUGCCGCCGAAUGAGGAGGUCGCGAGGAGAUUUUCGGAAGAUUCUGGACCAGCCUUGUCACCACCGCCGAGGAACGUGAUCGGCUUACAAUCGUUGCCCGAACCGCCAACACAACCAGAAAUGUCGGCGAAAACGAGAUUCAUACUGAGGUAUAUGGGAUGUCCUGUUCCAGCCUUGUCACCUUCGGCGGGAAGCGUGGCUGGCUUACAGACGAUGCCCGAAUCGGUGACACCACCAGAUAUGUCGCCGGCGUCGAGGGCCGUAAGCAAAUGGUUGGCAGGUUCUAAUACAGGCUCACCACCACCACCCCUGGGGAACGUGAUCAGCACAAGCGUGCACCCACGACCGAAGAAGCACACUUCUCCGGAAACCCAUGUAUCCGCACAACAGCCAGCAUCUGGGCAUGUACUCCGAAGCGCGGUACAGACUCAAAGCCAAGAGCAGGCUCAGAGCAAGACACUGUCACGGGCUCGAAUUCCCGCACUGAAGUCAGGGGCUGUCCAGAAAACAAGGUCUGUUGGAAAUUCAUCAAAAAGCCGAAAGAGAAGGUUGUCCGAGAACGCACAAUUGAUUGUGAUUGCGCAAUCCGUCGAGGAGGCAGAUUUGAGUGAGGUCGCGGAAACUGCGGAGAUUGCCGAGUCUGUCGAAGGACCAGAGCCUAUUCCAGAAGAUAAAUCAGUCAAGAAGACAAAUCCGAGCAAGAAGGCUGCGAAGAUACCUCGUCCCAGCAGAACCACCAGCAAACCUGUUGCGAAGAAAAUAGAAGUCAAGGCCUUGCUUCCGGGCAAAGCUAAGGCUCCGAAAGUACAACGCGAUCAGAAGCGCAAGAUCGCAGGCAGAAAGGGACCAAAUAUCGAGACCGCUGCCACCGUCACCACCACCCGCGGAGGCCGCGUGGUAAAGAAGCCUGUGAGGUAUGGGCUUGAACAGUGAAAGUUCUUGAAGAGGAGGAAUUGCACGCAGAUUGAUCUCAGCGAAAUCUUUGGAAUCUCGUCAAUGUUGAUUAUGAUUGUGUGAUAUGGAAAAUAUUGCCUUUCUUGGAAUCAUGAAAGAGGAGGAAUAGUAGACAAAUUGUCUUCUGCAGGUGAGGUUGGACUAUUGUUUCUUCGCCAGGAUGUUUGUGUGUUCACUUCGAAAUUUUGCU